AUGGACCAUGUUGCAUCAUACAAAGUUACUCCGAAUGCAAAAUGUGAAGAACCAGUUUUUGUAGAUGUUUUUCAAAAGUUUCUUGGGGUGCUAUUUUCUUCUCGUGAUCAAGCUUGGGAUUUAUAUAUAACAUAUGCAAAGAAGCGUGAUUUUAGUGCACAACAAGGAACAACACGGAUAUAUAAAGAAGAGAACGUGAAGUUAGAAGAACUUUUUUGUUUGAAACAAGGGUUGCAGAAAUCAAAAUUAAAUAAUGUUGAUUGUCAAUGUGCUCAUCAGGCAAUCAUAGAAACAAAUUGCAAAGCUAGAAUAGUAGUGAAUGCAACAGAAACUGAAGAUCAAUGGGUUGUAAGUAAAGCUAAUAAGGAAUGUAAUCAUGAAUUUUACACAAAUGUUAUGACACCAUUUUUGCGUUCAAAUAGAGCCGUCACUGAGACUGGUCUGGAAGAAGUUGGUGUUGGUACAUCACAGGUUAUGAAUUAUUUCAAGCAUCAGGCAAUUUGUUAUUAA